UUCUAAAAUAAGGAAGUAGAGGAAACAACUAGCGGGGAAUAAGUUGGAUAAAAUCCCGCAUUGCCGUCGAUUUGACGCGAGUCGAGGUUCGACGUCUGCCGCGGUGUUUGGAGUUCGGACUGGGACGGAGCGAAGCCAAGAAAAGGUCAUGGAGAGCAUUUGCCCGUGCUAGAAGUACGAUUUCAGAGCACAGCCAGCAGCACAGGGUGGCAGUUUGGGCCGAAGCAUAUGUCAUUUAGUGUGGUCAUGUGUGAAACUGAAGUCUGAUGCCCACCCUCCCCUCAGCACUGGCCAUGGACGGGGAGAACUACCUGCAUCCAGAAGGCCCUCAACUGGACAGCAGCAUGUUCUCUGUAGCCUCCUCUAACAUGGAGAGUCCGCUAUUUGGUCCCUCUGGAUCCUGGAGGUCCUACUCUCAGCCGGGGGAAUAUGGCGAUCACUGCCCUAUGCAAUCCGGAAACCAGCAAUACCACUUGAACAGCAGCAGCGCUACCACCGCCACUUCGCCGGAUGUCCCGAUUGACAUAUACUCUGCAUUCUCAGACAUGGAUUUCUCCUGCCUCAAUCUCCCCAGGAAUGGCGAUUUCCCCCAGGAUCUGACCUGCAUUGAUGACCUCUCCACAAACUCCCUGUUCUCCUCUCCGGCCGAUUCAUUGUCGGAGUAUGCUGAUGCACCGCCCUUCAUCAACACAGACACCCUUGUCACAGUACCUACACUCUGGGACGUCAGCACUAGUACCACCGUCGCCAACACACCAGCACAGAGCCAGCUGGAGCUGAAAGGCUCCAGCAGGUUUCAGGGCUUGGCCAGUUUGGAUGAUAUUACUGCUAUAAUCAGCACCCCACCUUUAGGAGGAUUCCAGGUCAUGGAGAGCAUUUGCCCGUGCUAG